AUGUUGAACAACACCAGUUCGGACUUUGACCUGACUAUUCGUCAGCAGCCCAACAGGGCCCGCGUGGCGGGGGGCAAGGAAAAAGAGCGUAAGCCGAUUGAUCCGCCCCCGAUCGUUCAGCUUCGGGUGCGCGAGGAGGGAACCUACCUGGCCCAACACUAUCUGCAAAGCCCGUAUUAUUUCCUGUGCUGCAGUCUCUAUGACCCUACAGAGGAGCGUCCUGUGCCUGUCGCACCGUCGACCGCAUUAGCAGGAACCCUGGUUUCGUCCCUUCACCGGCUGAAAGACGUGGACAACAGUGAUGGAGGAUUCUUCGUCUUCGGAGACCUCUCAGUAAAGCUGGAGGGCGAGUUCCGGCUCAAGUUCACCCUCUUUGAAAUGCGCAAAGAUAAUGUCUCCUACUUGAAAACCAUAAUCUCGGAACGAUUUACAGUAUCUCCUCCCAAGAGUUUCCCGGGAAUGAUGGAGUCCACUUUCCUUUCGCGCUCAUUUGCAGACCAAGGUGUCAAACUGCGCAUUCGCAAGGAGCCUCGGACCAUGAUGAAACGCUCGGCUCCCCGGCCGGAUGAAUUCCCUGCAGCUGUUCCUGCUCGGUCUCCGGAACGCCAACCGGUUCAGAUUCCCCCAGCGACGGGGUAUGGGGGCUAUCCACCAACAACCCGGGAUUAUUCGUACUACGGUCCACCACCGGUCAAGCGUCACCGAACCUCAAUCGACUAUGGUAGGCAGCAAGGUAUCUAUGAUGCGGACAGUCGAAUGCCAUAUAGCCAGCCCACCACCACUCUCUAUCCCGGACAGCCAGGAACUUACCAACCACCCAUGCACUCUUACGCGGCAGGACAAGUGAUGCCCGACUACUCGGUUGGUAGCCCAUCCAUCGGCCCCCAGGAUCCCGGAACUGACGUGGAUCAGAUGUAUUCGAGCAUUCCCCAGCCAAGCAUUCCCCAACCCACCGGGUUAUCCCAAAUGCCCGAUCCCUCCGGUCAAAGCCGGACUAGCCAACAAGCCGCCGUGGGACAGCUGAUGGCGAUGAACCAGCCUGGGACACCUACCCCGGAUUCGACUGGAGCGAUGAUGGCCCAAGGAUACCGGUCCGGACAGCCCGCUAGCUCGACGGUUCUGCCCCCGUUGCAGCGAAAUCGUGACUACCAUAACGGACGUGGAUACUACGACCAAACUCAGGCGACCACCCCUAUCCUUCCGUCUCAAAUGGUCAAAGAAGAAGAUCGCUUUGGCUCUGUGGCCGGUCCAACAGCCUAUGAUCAUCCUGGUUUCUCCAAUGGAACUCCCCAAUAA